CCUUUUAAUUUCAUGAUAUUUUAUUAGGGUUCAUACAAGUUUAGACAUUUAGGAUCGACAAGAUAUCAAAGAUUGAAAAGCACUUUUUUUUACACAAUUUCCAUUAAAGAUUAUAUUUUUUGAUCUGGGUUUUUGUUGACGCUGUGAUGGAUUGUAGAUAUAAGAGUGGUCUGAUGUUGAUUGGCGUGGUGGUCUUCAUUUGGGUUUCCUCUGCUGAGGUCACUCAGAGAAUUUUCAGAGUGUAUGAGCAACCAUUUGCAGUGACAUAUCUGGGAGCUUCUUUAAUGGUGAUUUAUUUGCCUAUAUCAUUUGUGAAAGAGUGGAUGUGUAACUGCCUCAAGAGACGCUCGCCCGAAUCUCCCUUGGGCUACAUUGGAGGGCCGGGAUUCUUCGAAAUGGAAAGCCAAGAACCAUUCAGCAGAAAAGGCAGCGACUUAGACCUUUCUCAAUACGAGGAAGGAAUUGCUUUAGUUGGUGAACAUGGAGAUGGUGGUAGAGUUAUGAGAUAUAAAUAUGACCAAAUUGCUAAAUAUGGAUUCUACAUUGCACCUCUUUGGUUCAUCACAGAGUACUUAUCAAACGCUGCACUUCUACGUACAAGCGUUGCAAGCUCGACUGUUUUAUCGUCUACCUCAGGAUUGUUUACACUCCUGAUCGGUGCACUUCUUGGGGAAGACUCCAUCAAUGUAGCAAAGGCAGUUUCUGUGGUGGUGAGCAUUCUUGGUGUUGUGUUGACAACUCUAGGAGGGACUUGGGCCUCUGAUGACGACUUACAUCAGGAUUCGAGACGAACGUUCGUUGGGGAUGUUCUUGGGCUGCUAUCAGCCGUGUCGUAUGGCUUAUUCACAGUACUUCUUAAUAAAUUCUGUGGGCAUGAAGAGAGGAGGGUGCAGAAGCUGUUUGGUUAUAUUGGAUUAUCUACAAUUGUUUCACUUUGGUGGCUAAUUUGGCCACUCAAGGCUAUGGGGAUAGAGGCAGAGUCGACGCUUCCGAGUUCGGGUAAGGUGGCGGAGCUUGUGGUGGCCAAUGGACUGAUCGGAAGCGUGCUCUCCGACUAUUGUUGGGCGUUAAGUGUGGUGUGGACCACGCCACUGGUGGCGACUCUAGGGAUGUCUCUGACGAUUCCGGUGGCGAUGGUGUCUGACAUGAUCAUCCACGGACGACAGUAUUCGCUUAUCUAUGUCAUUGGCUCUAUUCAGGUAUUUGCUGGAUUUAUAAUAGCCAAUCUUUCUGAUUGGUUAUCAGCACUAUGAUCAUCUCAACACAAGAUUUUGCUAAGUUGUAGAUAGGUGUAUUACUAAAAAACUAGGAACUUUUUUUUCUGGAAAUGACUAAUGAAGAGAAAUAUUUUUAGGCAUUUCUCUUGACUAUGGGUGACAGAGGGGUUGCAUAUAUUAAAUGAAAAACGACUGUAUUUGUGAGAGUUUGUGGACUCAACAUUUAUGUUUUUAGGUAA